CCUUCUACAUUAUUUCGUUGUGUCGGUAUAAUUUCAUAAGCGAGGUCUGGGGAAGCGUCAUCCCUACCUUCUGCAGGUGGAGAGACUGUUCCCGUUGGACCCUUCAGCUCGGAAAAAAAAAUUAACAAAAUCAGUACGAAAAGGAAAUACAGUAGAAAGAAGUCAUGUGGAAAACAAUGGACGAAACAACACUAGCAACAAAAUAUAAAAUGUUUUUGUUAAAUGGAACUUAAUAGGAGCUACUAUUGUGCUCAACAAUUCAACAUCAAUGUUAUGGCCUCUACAUUUGACUUUGUUUAAAUUCAUUUUGAAUGUUUCUUAUAUUAGGAGUUAUCCCUCAUAGAGAUUUUAAUCCGCCCAGCAAAGUAUUUACGCGAGGGAAGAUGAUCAUCCAUUCUGCAUUAAAUUUUAACUUUUGUGCGCUUUCACCACUCUCAGCACUCAAAGCAGGGCAACAGUGUAGUUCUUGCUCUUUCCAUAACUUCGCAUUGCCACGUCCUUUGAAACGUCUGACUUGCUUUGCCACUUCAAUAAAGUCCGAGGAGGAACAUUUCUCUGAUCCUAAGCAAAACGCUGGUUCAAGGCGUAGGAAAGCUAAAAGGCCCCAGGAAAGUAAAGUUACUCAUAAUGAAGACAAAGAUUCUGCCAAAAUCUUCCCAAUAACACUCCCUAAAAAACCAAGGCGUGGUCGCAGGGGCGAAGCAGCUGCAGUUGAGGAUUUUGUUCGUGAUUCACUAGAAAAGACAUUUGCCUCUAUCCGGGAGCAGAACUCUGAAAUAAUAAAAGAUACCGAGAAUAUCCUCAAAGAUAGGGUUGAUGAUGACACUGAUUCUGAUGAAAGUAGUGAUGAUGAAGAUGAAAGCAGUGGGGGUAUGAAAGAAAAGAAAAUGAUCGUUGAGGAGGAGGAUCCAGAUUGGCCUCUAGAUGCAGAUGUUGGAUGGGGAAUUAGAGCAUCAGAGUAUUUUGACAAGCAUCCAAUAAAAAAUGUAAUAGGAGAAGAUGGAGUUGAGAUUGAUUGGGAGGGAGAAAUUGAUGAUUGUUGGGUGAAGGAAAUCAAUUGUCUUGAGUGGGAGAGCUUUGCUUUUCAUCCCAGUCCCCUCAUUGUUUUUGUUUUCGAGAGAUACAAUCGGGCUAGUGACAACUGGAAAGCUCUUAAGGAGCUAGAGAAAGCAGCCAAGGUGUAUUGGAGUGCCAAAGAGCGCUUGCCUCCUCGGACUGUGAAGAUUGACAUAAAUAUUGAGAGGGAUCUAGCCUACGCGCUUAAAGUUAAAGAAUGUCCACAGAUAUUGUUUUUACGAGGAAACAGGAUACUGUACAGGGAAAAAGACAUUCGUAUGGCUGAUGACUUGGUUCGAAUGAUAGCAUAUUUUUACUACAAUGCAAAAAAACCUUCAUGCAUUAAUGAUGAAGCUUUAUCUCCACGGUCUUAGUCAAUGGAGAUUAAGCUUGCAGAAAGAUAGUCAAAGGGGCAAUGGAGCAUGGAUCCCCGUGUAACUGGAACCAAUUGUGGCUGUUUUAUUCACUGGAAAUUCUGAGUAUACAAUUGCACACAGAACCUUAGAAGAAUGACUAGUCGAAACAAGAUGAUGGUACUUUCUGCUUGAUGCCUCCUGCUGCUAAUGUAAUUAGCAAGUCGAAGGUUUGAAGAAAAAGGUUAUAUUCUAUAAAGAGCUUAAGGCAGCUUAUGCUUCACACCAUACAAAAGAGGAUAGUUGGAAAGAGAACUCUCAGUUGCCAUGAUCUUACUUUAGUUUUAUUUGCUUGUUUACAUAUCAUACUAGCCUAAGAUGUCUAGAAAAUACUUUAUACUCUAAUUAAAAGGAAAAGUUCAAGCAUCUUCUGCUACUUACAUGUACUUUUGCUUGACCUUGCUACCUACAACUAAAUUGGAGUUAAUCUUUUUCAUAGGA